GCACCGGCACCGGCACCAGGAUCCGGCCUCGGAGCCAGCGCCGCCGUCACCAUGGGCAACAUCUUCGGGAACCUGCUGAAGAGCCUGAUCGGGAAGAAGGAGAUGCGGAUCCUGAUGGUGGGGCUGGACGCCGCCGGGAAGACCACCAUCCUCUACAAGCUCAAACUGGGGGAGAUCGUCACCACCAUCCCCACCAUCGGGUUCAACGUGGAGACGGUGGAGUACAAGAACAUCAGCUUCACCGUGUGGGACGUGGGUGGGCAGGACAAGAUCCGGCCCCUCUGGAGGCAUUACUUCCAAAACACCCAGGGGCUGAUCUUCGUGGUGGACAGCAACGACCGGGAGCGGGUGAACGAGGCGCGGGAGGAGCUGAUGCGGAUGCUGGCGGAGGAUGAGCUGCGGGACGCCGUCCUGCUCGUCUUCGCCAACAAGCAGCGGAGCCGGCACCGGCGCGUUCCCACCGGCCGGACCGAGGGCUUUGUGCGGCGGGGGCUGACCCGGCGCCCCUAA